CAUCUUCCUUUUCGGUCCUCGCACACCCGGGAACAAGGUCGUGAAAACAGGAGCGUUUGCGGUGGUGCCGCCAUUUCUUCCGCCUUCGGUCUCUGCUCCUGUUGCAGAGCUUCCGACAGCGCUAUGCUGGGACAGAGCGUCCGGAGAUUCACAACCUCCGUGGUCCGUAGGAGCCACUAUGAGGAGGGCCCAGGGAAGAAUUUGCCAUUUUCAGUAGAAAACAAGUGGCGGUUACUAGCUUCCAUGAUUCUAUUCUUGGGAUCUGGCUUUGCUGCACCUUUCUUUAUAGUAAGACACCAACUGCUUAAGAAAUAAGGAUGUUUCACUUAAUCCAUGGAACAGAUGUGAAGAGAAGCAUUUUAAGAAGUGCAGUCUCUAUGAAAAAUGAAUCAAACUCUUAAACUCAAUGUACUAAAUAUGUUUGUAAAUAAACUUAAGGCAUGAAUCCUCA